AUGCGCUGGGCGCUGCCGCUCCGCGGGCUGCUGGGGUCGCUCGGGGGCGGCGCGGCGGGGCGGCCUCCACGGCUGUCGGCGUUCGGAGGGCGGCGGGGCGGCCCGGCGGCGGCGGCUGUCGGGAACAGCGGGAAGCUGGAUGUGCUGCCAUCCUUUGGGUUUCUUUUUGAUAUUGACGGUGUGCUGGUACGAGGAAAGACUCCAAUACCUGCUGCAAAAACAGCCUUUCAGAAGCUGGUUAACUCUCAGGGCCAGUUCUUGGUGCCUGUAGUAUUUGUCACCAAUGCAGGGGACUGCCUUCGCCAGAAAAAAGCAGAUCAGUUGUCCCAUAUCCUGGGAGUUCCAAUUUCACAAGACCAAGUGAUGAUGUCACACAGCCCACUGCGGAUGUUCAAACGUUAUCAUCCAAAAUGUGUUCUUGUAUCUGGACAAGGACCACUUCUUGAUAUUGCUCACGACCUUGGGUUCAGCCAGCCUGUCACCGUUGAGAUGCUGAGGGCGAAGUACCCACUGCUAGAUGUGGUUGACCAUGACAGAACACCUGGUGUUUUGUCCCCCUCUGCUGUGGAGCUUCCCAAGAUUGAGGCUGUUGUUUUGUUUGGGGAGCCUGUCAGAUGGGAAACCAACCUUCAGCUUAUAAUAGAUGUUUUGCUGACAAGUGGCUAUCCUGGAAAUCCGUAUCACCAUGAGAAUUACCCUCAUAUACCUGUACUUGCUUGUAAUAUGGAUCUAAUGUGGGUAGCUGAAGCACAGUCUCCAAGGUUUGGGCAUGGGACAUUCAUGGUUUGUUUGGAAAACAUUUACAAGAAGAUUACUGGCAAAGAUCUAAAAUACGAGGCCUUAAUGGGCAAGCCUAGUGAACUGACCUAUCAGUAUGCAGAUUACCUUAUCAGAGCUCAAGCAGCAGAAAGACAGUGGAAGCAACCCAUUCGAACUCUUUAUGCUGUUGGAGAUAAUCUUAUGACUGAUGUCUAUGGUGCUAACCUUUACAAUCGCUAUCUUGAAAAGAAGAAUUCCAGAAAAGGUUCAAAAACAUGGAUUCAGGCCAAAGUUGCUGGAGGCAAAGGGUCUGCUGCUCUCUCUCAGGAUGAUGAAAUAGACAACAGCUGGGAGAAUGAACUGGCAUCCUCUGCUGCUACCCACUGUAGGUCUGUUCUUGUUUGUACUGGGGUUUACAACCCUCACACAGAGGUACCCUUGGAUACCAAGGAGAGCAGAACUGAAAUGGUAUUCCAUGGCCACAGAGAUUUUAGGUUUGAUCCUGGUUUAGUAGAACCAGAUCAUGUGGUACCAGAUGUUAAUGCUGCUGUAGACCUGAUCUUCCAGUUGGAGAACUUUGUUCCUAAUUGAGAUGACAUGAUUUCUUCAGGACUGCUCAGUCUUAUACUUUUCUUCCCCUAAACUGUGCUUUAAAAUCAUGCCAC